AUGGAUUUUGGGGAUCCCGAGGAGGCCAUGCCCCGCCCGCGCUGCUCACGCUGCCCGCUGCCCUCGGUGCUGCUGCGCUCGCGCUCGCUGCUGCCCUUCUGCCGCCGCUGCUUCGUCGCCGCCUUCGAGGCCGAGGCCCUGCAGGCGCUGCUGCAGCCGGGGCCGGGGCUGCCGCCCCAAAAACUCGGGAAUAGCCCAAUUCCCUCCCAAAAUUGGGGGAUUUCCCCCCAAAACCCCCCAAAUCACCCCCAGAAUAGGGGAAUUUCACCCCAAAAAUUGGGAAUUUCACCCCAAAACCCCCCAAAUCACCCCCAAAACCCCCAAAAUCCCCUGAAUCCUCCCCAAAACCCCGGAAUUAACCCUCAAAACCCCAUUGAUCCUCCUCCAGCCCCCAUUGAUCCUCCCCAAAACCUUGGAAUUUACCCUCAAAACCCCGGAAUCAACGCUCAAAACCCCAGAAUCCCCUCCGAAAAUUUGGGAAUUUCACCCCAAAACUCCAUUAAGCUCCCCCAAAACCUUGGAAUUAACCCUCAAAACCCCGCAAUUAACCCUCAAAAUGCCAUCAAUUCCCUCCAAAACCCCAUCAAUUCCUCGGAGAACCCCAGAAUUACCCCUGAAACCGCGGGAAUUUCACCCCAAAAAUUGGGAAUUUCGCCCCAAACAUUGGGAAUUUCACCCCCAAACCCCCCAAAUCACCCCCAAAAAUUGGGAAUUUCACCCCAAAACCCGAGAGUUUUCCUCCGUGCCGGUGACUCGGUGGCGGUGGCGGCCUCGGGGGGCAAGGACAGCACGGUGCUGGCUCACCUGCUGGCGCACCUGAACCGCGGCCACGCCCUGGGGCUGCGCCUGGCGCUGCUGGGCGUGGACGAGGGCAUCGACGGCUACCGGGACCACGCCCUGCGCGUGCUGCGCCAGGUGGGGGCGGGGCUGCCCCUCCCCCUGCUGCUCGUGUCCCACCGCGAGCUCUUCGGCUGGGCUGUGGACGAGCUGGGCGGGGCCCUCGGGGGGCGGAGCCGCUGCACCGUCUGCGGGGUGUUCCGGAGACACGCCCUGGAGAGGGCGGCCCGCGAGAUGGGCGCCGACUGGAUCGCCACUGGCCACAACGCCGAUGACGUGGCCGAGACGGUGCUGAUGAACUUCCUGCGCGGGGACGUGGCGCGGCUGCGGCGCGCGGCCAACGAGGCCACCCUGGCCACCAACCUGACCAUGGCCACCAACGAGGCCACCCUGGCCACCAACCUCACCAUGGCCACCAACGAGGCCACCCUGGCCACCAACCUGACCAUGGCCACCAAUGGGGUCGCCAAGGACAUCACCAACGAGGCCACCCUGGCCACCAACCUGACCAUGGCCACCAAUGGGGUCACCGAUGGGGUCACCAACGAGGCCACCAACCUCACCAUGGCCACCAACGAGGCCACCCUGGCCACCAACCUGACCAUGGCCACCAUGGCUACCGAUGGGGUCACCAACGAGGCCACCAACCUCACCAUGGCCACCAACGAGGCCUCCCUGGCCACCAACAGGACCGUGGCCACCAAGGACAUCACCAACGAGGCCACCAACCUGAUCAUGGCCACCAAUGAGGCCACCAUGGCCACCAACCUGACCAUGGCCACCAAGAACAUCACCAACGAGGCCACCAUGGCCACCAACCUGACCAUGGCCACCAACCUGACCAUGGCCACCAAGGACAUCACCAACGAGGCCACCGUGGCCACCAACAGGACCGUGGCCACCAAUGAGAUCUUAGACGCCGCCAGUGAGGUCAACGCAGUCAGUGAGGCUGUUGUGGCCACCAACGAGGUCACUGUGGCCACCAACAGGACCGUGGCCCCCAAUGAGGUCUCAGGGGCCACCAACGAGAACCCAACAAAGCCCAACGAGAACCCAACAAAACCCAACGAGGAACCCACAGAACUCAACAAGAACUCAACGAAACUCAAUGAGAACCAAACGAAUCUCGACGAGAACCCAGCAAAACCCAACGAGAACUCAACGGAACCCAACGAGAACUCAAUGGGACCCAGCGAGAACUCAAUGGGACCCAACGAGGACCCAACAAAACUCAAUGAGGAUGCAAUGGAACCCAACAAGAACUCAAUGGAACCCAACGAGGACCCAGCGAAACUCAACGAGAAUUCAAUGAAACCCCACAAGAACUCAAUGGAACUCAAUGAAAAUUCAAUGAAACCCAAUAAGAAGUCAAUGAAACCCAACGAGAACCCAACGGAACCCAACAAGAACCCAACAAAACUGAAUGAGAACACAACGAAACCCGACAAGAACCCAACAAAACCCAAUGAAAACUCGAUGAAACUCAAUGAGAUCUCAACAAAACUCAAUGAGAACUCAAUGAAACUCAGUGAGAACCCAAUGGAACCCGACAAGAACUCAAUGAAACUCAACCAGAACUCAACGAAACCCAACAAGAACCCAACAAAACCCAACAAGAAUCCAACAAAACCCAAUGAAAACUCAAUGAAGCUCAAUGAGAUCUCAACAAAACUCAAUGAGAACUCAACGAAACUGAAUGAGAACCCAGUGGAACCCGACAAGAACUCAAUGAAACCCAACAAGAAUCCAAUCUCAACAAAACUCAACGAGAACUCAAUGAAACUCAAUGAGAACACAAUGGAACCAACAAAACCCAACAAGAGCUCAACGAAAGUCAAUGAGAGCUCAGGAAAACCCAAUGAGAGCUCAAUGAAACUCACCGAGAACCAAACGGAACUCAACGAGAACUCAACAAAACUCAACGAGAACUCAACGGAACUCAACGGCAACCCAACGCAACCCGACAAGAGCUCAAUGAAACCCAACACGAACCCAAGGAAACCCAACAAAGCCUCAAGGAAACCCAACAAGAACCCGGCGGAACCCAACAAGAACCCACCCCAGCCGCCCCCCGCCGCCGCGCCCUGGCCCACGGUGCCGCGGCUGAAGCCGCUGCGGCACGCGUCGCAGAAGGAGAUCGUGCUCUACGCGCACUUCCUGGGGCUGCCCUACGCCAGCGCCGAGUGCCGGCACGCGCCGCUGGCGUUCCGCGGGCACCCGCGGGCGCUGCUGAAGGAGCUGGAGGCGGCGCGGCCGGCGGCGGUGGCGGCGCUGGCGCACUCGGGGCGGCGGCUGGCGCUGGGCGCGGCGCCGGGCGCGGGGGCGGCGCCGGGGGCGUGCGGGCGCUGCGGGGCCGCGGCCAGCGCCGCGCUGUGCAUGGCCUGCACGCUGCUGGACGCGCUGGACCGGGGCCGGCCCCGGCUGGCGCUGGGCAAGAGGGGGCUCCGGGUGGCCGGGGAGGGGCAGCGGGGCGGC